AUGUAUUUGACAGAGCCAAGUCGAAGUGCUACCCCUCUCCGCGAGUCCCCACACUCGACAUUCUCAAUAAUUGAACCACCAGCUCCAUUAUCAAUUGUCACAACUCAUAUUCUCGAGUCCGGUCCCGCAGACACCUUCCCAGAUGGUGGCACUAGAUCCUGGCUAGUGAUCAUGGGAUCUUUCUUCCUGCUCAUGAGCAGCUACGGAAUGAUGAACUCGACUGGUGUCCUGCAGAGCUAUUUCCUAACGCAUCAGCUAUCGGGAUAUUCCACCAGUGCAGUUGGCUGGAUUCCGGGUACAUUUACCUUCUUCGGUCUCGUGCUGAGCGCUCAGAUUGGCUCUCUCUUCGAUAGAUACGGCCCGACGGGUAUCCUGGUCGCCGGCACGGGCUGUUACGUCUCUGGUAUCUUGCUUCUAGCCGAAUGUCGGCUGUAUUGGCACUUUUUUCUUACUCUGGGUGUUCUCACUGGAACGGGGGCCGCGCUGCUCAGUACGGCUGCUAUGGCUGCUGUGCCGCAUUGGUUUGAUCGUCGGGUCGGCAUGGCCAUGGGCACUGCAAUGGCCGGUGCUGGAUUUGGAGGUGUCACUUUUCCCCUAGUGCUUAGGGCUGGGUUCGCUCGUUUUGGGUAUCAGUGGACUAUUCGGCUUCUUGGUUUGAUUUUGGCGGUUUUGUGUGGAGUAGGAACUCUACUUGUUAAAUCUCGUCUGCCGAAGGGUAGAAGUAAGUCUACUAUUAACAUACGGGCCUUUAAGGAUACCAGAUUCACCUGGUUAACUCUUGGAACAUUCACUUUGGAGCUUAUGGUGUUUGCAGGCCUCGGUCUCUACCCUACUUACGUUGUCGCGCAAGGGUUCAGCACUACCACCAGUGUGAUCCUUCUCUCCAUCUGGAACGCUUGUUCUACACUUGGUCGACUGAUUGCCGGGCGUGUUGCAGACAAGUAUGGGCGAAUCAAUACGUUAACAGUCCUGAUUUUACUGGGUGCCAUCGCUGUAUUUGCGAUCUGGCUUCCCUUUGGCAACAUCCUAGCAGGUCUCUACGUAUUCAGUUGUGUGUUUGGACUGGCGUCGGGCUCCUUUUUAAGCCUAGCGCCGGCGUGCAUCGGUCAGAUUUCCCAGGCCAGUGAAGUGGGCGGGAGGUUUGGCAUCUGCUAUUCUAUUGUCAGCUUUGCAACCCUCAUAUCUGUUCCUAUUGGUGGUGAGAUGCUUGAAAAGAUCGGUACAAGAGCCAUGGUAGCGUAUUUAGGUGGUGUUCUCCUCGCUGCUCUGGGUAUGUUCACUAUGGCUCGAUGGGCAUGUUUGAGCUAUCGAUGGAGGUGGCAUGCAAAUAUCUAG